CCUUCACGUCGCUCGUCACUACACCGCCACCAUGAAACUAGCCCUGCUGUUCCUCCUGACGCUCGGUAUUAUGGGCGUGAGUUUAGCGCUUCCGAAGUCGUACAAGGAGGCGGAGGAGGAUAACCUCUUCGCCGGCACCCGCUACAGAGUGAAGAGGGAGGAUGAUAGCGCCGAUGAGGAGGAUGAAGAGGACAAGGACGAUGAGGAGGAGGAAGACGAGGAUAAAAGUGACGAGGAGGACAAGAAAGAUGAAGAUGACAAGAAAAGCGAAAAGAAGAAGGACAUGAAAGAGGAGGAAAAGAAGGACGAGGAGGAAAAGAAGGACGAGGAGGAAAAGAAGGACGAGGAGGAGAAGAAGGAGGAGAAACCGGCUGAAGAGGAACCCAAGAAGAAGAAGAAGAAAGACGAUGAUGACGAUGAUGAUAAAUAAAAAGAAGGAAAACGAGGAAGAUAACGAGUAGAUGAAAAAGUAAACGUCUUACCCACUACUUCACGAAUCAGAAACAAACGAAAGUCUUAAGUAGGCUACCCAUCGUUAAGUAGGCUACCUAUCAGAACCCGGUCAGUGGUAUAAUAAAAAGCAGCGUUUUGUUACUUCAAUGGUAGGAUAGUAAAAUUAGUUAGAAAAUAGGACAAUGAUAAGACUAUGAUAGGUGACUGUUGAUGACUCUGAUAAUAUAGAGACUGUAAAAACGAUAAUGAUGAUCUGAUAAUGACAAGACUGAUGUGACUCUCUAUACUUAUCACAAUUCCGAUGAUGUUAAAAUACGAAACGAAAAAUGUUCAGUAAAAAAAUAAUCCGACUUCGAUGUAAAAAAGUACUGACCAGAAAUCAACAAACAAUAUUUUUUUCCGUUUUCGCCUCAAAGACAAACGCAGAAACAUAUCGUGAACCAAAUAAACGUAUACAUAAACCUUACUCAAAUACUCAUUACGAAAUACAUUAUAAACACGAUGUAUAAUGUAUGAAUAAAAAAGAACAACAAU